UUUCCAUUUGCACAAAUCAAGUUAUGAAUACUGCAGCUGCUCAGUUUCCGUACCCAUGGCAGCGUUGCAAAAUUAUUCACUUGGUGAGGCAUGGACAAGCUAUGCAUAAUGUAGAAGGAGACAAGGACCGUAAAGCACUGUUGUCUGAUCACCUAUUUGAUGCACAACUCUCCCCUUUGGGAUUGCAGCAGGUUUGUAAACUUCGCAAUGAUGUUCAUGCUAGUGGGCUUCUUAAGAAGAUUGACUUAGUCAUCACUUCCCCUUUGUACAGGACCAUGCAAACUGCUAUGGGGGUAUUUGGUAGUGAAAGCCAGGCUGAUGGAGGGAACAAUGACAAGUUUUCUGCAAUCCCCAGUGGUCUCAAUUGCCCCCCAAUUAUGGCUGUGGAGCUUUGUCGAGAUCGCCUGGGCCAGCGACCUUGUGAUAUGAGGCGGAGGGUCAGCGAGUGUCAAGAUCUUUUCCCUUCAAUUGAUUUUACAAUGAUGGAUAGCGAAGAAGACAGCAUGUGGAAUCCGGACGUCCGAGAGUCUGAAGAUGAAAUGGCUGCACGGAUGGUCCUUUUUAUGGAAUGGUUGUGGACAAGGCCAGAGCAGGAGAUAGUGAUUGUGAGCCAUGGCAUAAUCCUUCAGCAUAUAUUGUAUGUACUUGGAAAUGACUGUCAUCCGACAGUUAGAUCCGCCUUAUGCAAACGCUUCGACAAUUGUGAGCUCCGUUCGGUGGUCAUUGUGGAUAAAAGCCUCAGGGUGGCGGAUUCACCGCUUUGCUCACCAAGAGAAGUUGCAAAACUGAAUGUUUCAAGAGGGGAAGUUUCCAACUAACUGGGGUUGGGUCACUUUCGAGACAAAAUGCUCACCACUCAACUCUCCAAGGAUUCUUUAAUCUCUUCAUCGAAUUUGUAUUCUUUAAUAUUUCUUCAUUUCUCUCUUUAAUUUUAAAAGCGAUUUGACAAAAAAGAAGUCUGUUUGUAUUACAAAAUAAUUGACUGAAAAAAAUGUAUCUUUUCAUUACAAAAUAAUUACUA